AUGGUGUUUGUUCCUUUCUUUUAUCUGCUGGCAGGUUUGACCUUGGCUUCUGGAAAGCCGAUUUUGCUCCCCAGGCUGGCCCAGGAAGCAUCGCAGGACGUUGCCGAACACUCUUUUGACGUAACCCUCGAGUCCCUUGGAAAUUCAACUGUGAAGGCGGAGGUCACAAAUACAGGCACAGAAGGUCUUCGACUCAUCCAGAGAGGUGGUAUCCUCGAUCAGUUCCCAACGAGGAAAGUCAACGUCAAGGGUGGUGAUUCCGACCCCAAGUUCACCGGCGUCCGCGUUGAAUACAUUCUUUCUCACUUAACAGCCGAUGGCUUCGUCCAACUCUCGCCAAAUCAGACAGUUGGAUCUGUCUUCGACGUCGCCGACCUCUACGAGCUCUCUCCGGGCCAGGAAUACACAGCAGUCGCGAAAGGCCUCCUCCAGUACACGACGCUAGCAAAUGAGAAGAGAUUCCUCACCUUCAGCUAUAAAUCCAACAACAUCUCAUUCACCGCACCAACCGACACCACCAAACGCCUGGAAGAUCGCUCCACUCUCGUAUGCUCCGACGAAUACAACCAGGUUGUGCAAGAUGCGAUCUCCCGGGCAGCUGAAAUGGCCACUGCUGCGGCGGCCGAUGCUCGCACCGGUAGCGCUCUCUUUCAAAAAUACUUCAAGUCCACAUCCGAGGACGAUAUAGAGGAGGUUGCUGGUCGGCUAGAUGCCAUUGCUAAAGAAGCAACAACGACAGGCCAGCUAAAGUACUACUGUGAGCCCACGGCAGAAGACUACUGCGCUGGCAAUGUUGCGGCCAUGACAUACCCCACUCUCAACAGAGUUGUCAACUGCCCAGGGUACUACGCCAGCACCAAGGUCUCGAAUUAUUGCGGGUAUCUCGACCAAGCUGCCAUCACACUCCAUGAGUACGCACACGCGGACGCUCUGUACAGUCCUGGAACAGAAGAUAUUGCGUAUGGCUAUGAGUCUGUUUUGUCUCUUGACACGGAAGAUUCGAAGAAUAAUGCAGACAACUUUGCUUAUUAUGCUUCUUCUGUCUACCUCCAAUGUGACGCCAACGAAGAACCAGGCGAGAUUGGAUCGGAACUUGACGUCGAUGUCGGUUCAAGCGGAAGUGGCUCCACACAAACACCCACAGCAACAGCUGAACCUACAUAUCCCCCAGGACCCACAUCCACUGGAACAACAGGAACCGGUACUGGUACUGGCAUUGGUACAGAUACAGGAACUGGUACAGGCUGGACCUGGCCGUGGGGCCAAGGCUGGGGAAUGAACGAUGACAGCGGCAGUGGCGACAGUGGCUCAUUGACUGGCACAACGUCAGAUACAAACACUGGCUCUAAUACUGGUUAUGGUACUGGCUAUGGUACUGACUUCGGUACUGGUCCAAGCGGUGUUUACGGCGGCUGGGAUGCAGACAAAAGCUCAGACUCUUCCGCUGCUGCAGUUACAUCGGCCCCGACUGCGGCACCCGUCACUACCACGGAUGGCCAGGAGCUCUGGAAUCUGAAUGAUCUGGUCAACUGGUUGGUGAGCAUGUAUGCGGGAGACGGACAGAUGCAGGGACAAACACAGGGACAGACUCAGACCAAGACGGCAAGUUCCAACUUGGACUCCGGAUCUGGCGGGUAUAACGCGGAGGCCGGACAGAGUGCGACCGGUACUCAGGCUACUCAGGCGGAAAAUGAUAAGGAUUGCGAUGAGUAG